UUAUAGAUUAUAUUUUAGAAAAUAAAAGUAAUUAUUCAUAAAUAUUAUUUACUAUUUCAUAAAUUUAUAAUAUACCUCUUUGUUAUUAAAUCUUAAUUUUAGGUUUUAUUUUACCUACUGGCAUAAAAAAAUUCUGUUUUUUAGAAUUAAGUUAAAUAGACCAUGUAAAGGUUAAAUAGCUGCUAGUUUCAGUUUCUUAAACAUCAAUAUUGAAAAUUAUUUCUAAAUCCAACGAAUGUCAACGAAAGUGUUGGCAUUACUUUUUAAUAUGCAUUACUCGAUUGUUUUGCUAUCUUUUAAUCAAAGAGGUAGAAAAUAAGAACUGGUCCUACAUGACUUAUCCGAUUGAAACCUCCAAGUUCUUCAGAACUGAUAUGGGAGGUUAUGUUUACAUCUGAUAGAAAUGUUGGCCCGUUACAGACAAUUUUGGAAGUUUUUGAGAUAUAAUAAACUGUUUUUGCCAACGAGUCAGAAAACUGCCUUAUUUUACACAGCUCAUGAACAAAGCCACCAUGAAGAACAAAGAAGUAAAAACCUUUACAAAACAAGGACCUUAUCAAUCGCUUUAUUGGGAAUUGGGUUUUAUUAUUGCACGAGAAAAAAAGAAAUAAGUUUAUUUCCAUCUGUGAGUGCCAUAUCUCUUGGUUCUAGGAGAAAACAAUAUAAUUUCAUUGCUGAUGUUGUAGAACAGUCAGUGAAUGCAUUAGUAAGCAUAGAGAUUAUUGACAGCAGGAGGUAUGACUUUUUUACUGGACAGAACAUUACAGAAUCCAAUGGCUCAGGCUUUAUUAUAUCAGAUGAUGGUCUAAUUUUAACUAAUGCUCAUGUUGUUCUAUCUCGGCCUGCCACCAAAUUAAAAAUUAGGCUGCAUGAUGGAACAACUUAUGUGGGGAUUGUAGAGGAUAUUGACAUGAAAGCUGAUUUAGCUACUGUCAGAAUAAAUGCAGGGUUUGGUAAUUCUGGAGGCCCUUUGGUUAACCUUGAUGGAGAAGUGAUUGGUAUUAACGCUAUGAAGGUUUCUACCGGAAUUUCAUUUGCUAUUCCUGUGGAAUAUGCUAAAGAAUUUAUAAGAUUAAAUGAACAGAAAAGGAAAGGUGCUCCAGUGACUGAAGCUCCUGCUAAUCUUAAGAAAUUCAUUGGUAUAACCAUGUUAUCAUUAACUCCCGAAUUAAUCAGGCAGCUGAGACAGAAGACUGACGGAUUCCCGACAGACAUCAAUUCUGGAGUUCUAGUUUGGAAAGUUAUGGUUGGCUCACCUGCCUUUGGUGCUGGCUUACAACCUGGAGAUAUUGUGACACAUAUUAACGGUGAUUCUAUUUCUGGAGCUAGAUCAGUUUACAAACUUCUCGAAUCUUCUGGUGAAUUAAAAAUGAAAGUUUACAGAAGUGGACAUAUGAUAUUUGUUACAGUUGUCCCUGAAUCUUAUUCACCCUGAUUUGAUACUAUGGAUUUAUCUCAUAAAGAAACAUAAUGAUAUUUUUAUAUAUUAUUUAGUUUCAACCACCCUGACUUCGUUUUUCAGCAGCUCAAUUGUUCUGAUAUCGUAUUAUAACAAUAAUAGAAACCAAUUCGGUACUAUGU